GAGGGGGCGGGACACCGGGAAAUUCGAAUGGGAGAGGCGGGCCCGAGGCGCGAGCGGAAUGGACGCGGGGGUCCCCGCGAAGUCGGCGCGGCGUGAGAUGGCGGCGGCGACUUCAGGAGCGGGUCGCUGUCGUCUAAGCAAGGCUGGAACCGGCCGCCGCCCACCAGCAGCUCGAGUCAGGGUGGCUGUGCGACUGCGGCCAUUUGUGGACGGACCAGCGGGAACAAGUGAACCGCCCUGUGUACGGGGCCUGGACAGCUGUUCCCUAGAGGUUGCCAACUGGAGGAAUCACCAGGAGACUCUCAAAUACCACUUUGACGCUUUCUACGGGGAGCGGAGUUCUCAACAGGACAUCUAUGCGGGAUCGGUGCAGCCCAUCCUCAGGCACUUGCUGGAGGGGCAGAACGCCAGUGUGCUUGCCUACGGGCCCACAGGAGCAGGAAAGACUCACACAAUGCUGGGCAGCCCAGAACAACCCGGUGUGAUCCCCCGGGCUCUCAUGGACCUUCUGCAGCUCACACGGGAAGAGGGCGCUGAGGGCCGGCCCUGGGCCCUCUCCGUCACUAUGUCCUACUUAGAGAUCUACCAGGAGAAGGUCUUAGACCUUCUGGACCCUGCAGCGGGAGACCUGGUGAUCCGAGAAGACUGUCGGGGAAACAUCCUGAUUCCAGGCCUCAUGCAGAAGCCCAUCAGCAGCUUCGCUGAGUUUGAGCAGCACUUCUUACCAGCCAGUCGGAACCGGACCGUGGGAGCCACCCGGCUCAACCAGCGCUCCUCCCGCAGCCAUGCCGUGCUCCUGGUGAAGGUGGACCAGAAAGAACGGCUGGCCCCAUUCCGCCAGAGGGAGGGAAAACUCUACCUGAUUGACUUGGCUGGUUCAGAGGACAACAGGCGCACGGGCAACAAGGGCCUGCGACUGAAGGAGAGUGGGGCCAUCAACGCCUCCCUCUUCGUGCUGGGCAAGGUGGUGGAUGCCCUGAACCAGGGCCUCCCUCGUGUGCCUUACCGGGACAGCAAGCUCACGCGCCUCUUACAGGACUCUCUGGGUGGCUCAGCACACAGCAUCCUCAUUGCCAACAUUGCCCCCGAGAGACGCUUCUAUCUAGACACGGUCUCUGCACUCAACUUUGCUGCCAGAUCCAAGGAGGUGAUCAAUCGGCCUUUCACCAAUGAGAGACUGCAGCCUCAUGUCCUGGCACCUGUUAAGCUGUCUCGGAAAGAACAACUAGGCCCUACAGAGUCAAAGAGAGCUCGGGGCUCUGAGGAUGAGGAGAAUGAGGGACCCGAGUCCCUAGAAACCCCAGCUUCUACUUCCCAGAAGCUCAGCCCCCUACAGAAACUAAGCAGUAUGGACCCGGCCAUGCUGGAACGCCUCCUAAGCUUGGACCGUCUGCUGGGUGCCCAGGGGAGCCAAGGGGCCCCUCUGCUGAGCACCCCCAAGCGAGAGCGGUUGGUGCUCAUGAAGACAAUGGAGGAGAAAGAUUUGGAGAUUGAGAGACUUAAGGUGAAGCAAAAAGAAUUGGAAGCCAAAGUAUUGGCCCAGGCCGCUGGGGUCCCGGAGGAGAAGGAGAAUUGCUCUCCCCCAGCGCUUCAGCCCCUUGCUCGCCGAGCAACCACGGUGGCGAAACCUCUCAAAAAGGCUGUGGUGAUGCCCCUACAACUGAUUCAGGAGCAGACAGUAUCCCCAGCUGCUGAAAUUCACAUCCUGAAGAAGAGGGGCCGGAAGAGAAAGCUGGAAUCUCCGGACGCCUCAGAGUCCGAGGAGAAGGCUGAGGACGGCUGGGAGCUACAGAUCAGCCCGGAGCUGCUGGCCCUUGGGCGCAAAAAGAUACUAGAUCUUUUGAACGAAGGCUCUGCCCGGGAUCUGCGCAGCCUGCAGCGCAUCGGCCAGAAGAAGGCCCAGCUCAUCGUGGGCUGGAGGGAGCUGCACGGCCCCUUCAGCCAGGUGGAGGACCUGGAACGCGUGGAGGGUAUAUCAGGGAGACAGAUGGAGUCUUUCCUGAAGGCCAACAUCUUGGGUCUCGCUGCAGGCCAGCGCUGUGGCUCCUGACUGCCGGCUACCAGCCUCCCUCCGCCUUUCGUUUUCUGUUUUUUAAAUCCUUGUGAACCUGCGUGUUUUGUAAAUACAGUAAAAAACUCCCCGA